AUGCGCUGUCUAGCUCUAGUAAACAGAACGGGUUUGGCAUAAGAAAAAUGUCUGCGCCCGUGUCCUUGAUGUCUAGAGCGACAACAGGUGGAUUAUUGUCCCCCUUGUCGUUUGUCACAAUCAUUACACGCCAUGCAUCGAAGAAAUCAGGAGGCAGCAGCAAAAACCUGGGGGGGAAAUCCCCUGGACGCAGAUAUGGAUACAAGAAACAGGAUGGUAAUUUUGUGCAUGCUGGAAACAUUCUUGCCACACAGAGGUUGAUGCGCUGGCAUCCUGGCGGUCAUGUCGGCAUUGGCAAAAACAACACCCUCUUUGCCCUUGAAGACGGCAUUGUUCGUUACACCAAGGAGGUGUACAUACCCCGGCCCAGCAGCACAGACGCCAAAGACAUGAUCUCAAAGCUGCCAAAAGGGACUGUCCUGUACAAAACCUUCAUCAAUGUGAUUCCGCAGAAGCAGGCGCCGACCUUUAAACUGGUUGGAAUGUUGUGAGAUCCAGAGACGGACACCUGGUCUGGUUUUGAGGAACAACUGUACAUGCCGAAUGCCUGCGUUUAAAAGUGCUGUGUUCAGUUUUGGAGGAGUCACAGUUUGAAACACACUUGCAAUUCAUUAUUUGUGUGUGUAGUGAUGGUGGGAGUUGAACUUUGCCAUACCAUCGGUUAAGAGACUUUUCUAGAACUUGUUUUAUUUUGGUUUUUUUGGUUGUACACAGUCAAAUAUCACAUCAGGAUCAAAGCACUAAAAAGCAAGGACAUUCACGGGUAUAACAUCAACAUCAGUGAACCACAAUGAUGAUGUUUUAAACAUGACCUUGCUUAUUUGAAGCCUUUCGAGGUGGGUGUAAAUGGUCAACUGAUAUGUGAAAUGUCUAGAAUUGUUCUGCAGUAAAAGGUCAUAAAUGGACAGCA